AUGUGUGAGUCUAUUUUGAUCAUUGAGUUCUCCCCAAUUCUUCAUUUUGACUUCUUCUCCCAACUCCCAGCAGUUUUUCCUUCUCCAAAAUCUCAACACUCCUUCCUCCACCCACCAGACUUGGCGUUGGGGUUUGUGUUGGACGAGGACUCCUUCUCAUCGCAGGGCUUCAACGCCGCCUUCCACUACGCCAGUGCGGGCUUCGACCCCGCGCAGGACAACAGCCCCGCCUGGACUGUCAAGUCCUACAGCACCUGGGUCUUGCCUGAAUCCACCUGGCCUGUGAAGAACCAAAGGGGUUGCGGCGAUUGUUGGGCAUACGCAGUGGUGGCGGCGGUGGAGGCAGCCCACAGAAUUGCGAACAACUCGCCGCAGCCCCCCGUGCUGUCGGUGGACCAGCUGCGCCUCGCCCUCUCCUCCAACUGCGACGGUGGCUCGCCCACCAAGGCGCUGCAGUUCCUCCUCAACGCCACUGCCCAGGGCAAGGGCUUGGUGGAGCAUGCAGUGUACUCCCAGCAAAUGGCUCUUCAAAGAAGAUCGCUAGCGAGCACCAAGUACUAUGGCAUCCGGGGCAUCGAGCGCACGGGGUUCUAUGGGUGGUUUGGACUCAUGCUGGCAGUGCAGCGCCAGCCUGUCAUUGUGCAUAUCGAGGCAUCCGCACCCUCCUUCCAAGACUACGAUGGGAGAGGCAAGUACGCGGACGAGGAGUGUUUCAGCAACCACCUGAACCACGUGGUGCUGGUGGUGGGCUACCUCUCUGCGGGCUCCGACCCCUCCAACUCCGCCGUGCCGCCGCCCUUCUGGAUCAUCCGCAACUCAUGGGGCACAGCCUGGGGCGACCAGGGCCACAUGCGCAUGGACAUUCGCAGUGGCGACGGCAUCUGCGGCAUCAACACUCUCCCGGGCCUCUUCCCCGUCGUCAGAAGCAGUGCUGAUCCGUGUGGGUCACGCUCCUUCCAGUACAGCGUUCAAGGCCCCACCUUCAACCCGUGCGGGCGGUACGAUUGCAUCAGGAAGGGCACCAGCAAUCGCUGCAAGUGCACUGACGCCCGCUUUGCUCAAGUCAAGAACACCGAUGGCUCCUACACCUGUGCCUAUGUGGACGUGUGUGGGUCCAGCAGUCGCAACCCGUGUGUGGUGGGCACGUGUGUGAACGAUGGCAAGGGCAGCUACUCCUGUGUGUGUCCGCCGGGGUUCAUCCAGGGCACCACCCUCGCCAACACCGCCUCCUGUGCUCCGGGGGAUGCAGGGGGGGUGUACACGGUGCAGCAGAGCAACGUGUGGUGCUCCCAUGUGCAUCCCAUAUUCGCCCUCACAAUCGACCAGUUCACGCAGCAGAACAAGGGCGUCGUCUGCUCGGCUCCUCUGCGCCUCAACGCAACCCUGCUUGUCAACUCCACAGUGCAACCCUGCUCUGUCUUCUACACCACCCUGAUCGGCGACACGUGCACGGGGGUGGCACGGCAGGUGGAGCUGUGUGGGGCGGCGGCGUCGGAUGCGGAGUGUGGGGCGGCAUUUCAGGCGCUCAACCCCGCUGUCAACUGCUCCUCCCUCAGCCCCUCCCAGGCCGUGUGCCUGGAGAGGGACCCCGCCAAGGCGAAUGUGACGGUGGUGUGCGACCAGUACUACCGGGCGCGCGUCAGCGACACGUGCGACAGCAUCAGGCAGCUGGCGGAGCCUCCUCUCAGCCCCGUGGCCUUCUACCGCCUCAACCCCGGCGUCAACUGCAACCAGCUCAUCCCCGUUAAGAACUACUCCCACUCCACCACCACCUUUGGCGCUGAGGUGUGCAUUGGCAGUGUGACCAACUUCACAGCGGGCGUCUGUUCCAGGACCAGCACCUACACCAUCUCACCGGGGGAUGACUGCAAGUACAUCAACGUCAAGUACUUCUACAGCAUCAAGGGCUGCUACAGGCGGAUGAAUGGGUAUGAAUGUGUGGACAAGUUAAGACCUGGGGUGAAGAUUUGCACGCCAAGUGCAAACAAGGCCCGAAUUGGAAGUUGCAGCAUCUGA